CUUCCUUUUUUCAACACUACUUAUUUAGCACAAACUUUCAUUAUUUUGCUUAGAAAGAAGCAAAGUUGUUCCUCCAAUGGGAAAUCACAAGUUCAAGUUUUCAGAUAUGAUGCCAAACACUUGGUUUUACAAGCUUAAAGAUAUGAGCAAAACCAAAAACCAUAAAUCCCCAUUUUCAUCUUCUUCUACAAAUAAGUCACAAUAUUCUCAACCAAGAUCAUCAUUUUCUUAUACUAGAAGGUCCAUUAGAGUUGACAAAAUUUAUAAUUCUCAUUCUUAUAGCUUUCUUGAUCAACCAAGAAGAUCAUCAUCAUCGUCGUCAUCUAAGAAAAAAUCCAAGAGAAAAACUAUUUACAAGCCUUCUCCUAAACACAUUCCUUCUUCUUCUGUUUCCAACUACGUCUCAGUCUCAAACAAGUUAAAUUCAUCUUCUCCUAUUUACUCAACAGAAGAAGAUAAAUUCCCUGAAUUAGAUUUCCUCAACUCUCCAUCCUCAGAAUUAGACUCUGUUGAUUCUCAAUCAUUCAAUGAACUUGGCUCGAAUUGGCCAAAUUCUUGUAGUUGUCACUUCACUUCUUCAGCUACCGAUAUAAUCAUAGACAUGAAUGAUAAAGCUCACUUGAAUGAAUUCCACAAUCUUAAUACAGAGUACGCGGAAAUUUCAGAUAUUGAUCAACUCCCUCCGAUCAUUACAAAGACAUCGAAUUCCAUCAAGAACAUAAACCAGGACGAAAAUGUGAAGGCUCAACGAGAAAAGGAAGCUAAAAACAGAGUAGGUUCCCCUGUUUCGAGAAAACAUUAUUCUAGCUCUUCUGGUGUAAAACUACGAACAAAUUCUACUAAAGUAGCGAGCAAGAGAAAUAGUGUGUCAUCAUCAAAAAGGCGUUCGAAGGUAAAAAAAGAGAGUUGUUCAACUUCAACAGGGACUAGUUUUGCUAUAGUGAAGGCUUCAAUUGAUCCUGAGAAAGAUUUUAGAGAAUCUAUGAUCGAAAUGGUUGUCGAAAACAAUAUCAGGGCAUCGAAAGACUUGGAAAAUCUUCUUGCUUGUUAUCUUUCAUUGAAUUCAAAUGAAUAUCAUGAUCUUAUUAUAAAGGCAUUUGAACAAAUAUGGUUCAACUUGUCUAACCUUCACUUGUAAAAAUUUACUAGUAUUCUCAUUUCUUCUAAAAAUGUUGAAAGCACUACUAUU